UCCCAGAGGUUGCAAGCUGGAAAUCAAAUUUAUUUUUUCGGUCAGCCAAUUAGAUUCGUAAACCAGAAAUACUACUGGAAGCAUUUAUUGACUGUUGAAAUAUAUUCAGUAGUAAGAAAUCAUCUAUGUAAAACUUUCAUUAUCGGCUUUAGCCGAUUCCGUCCUGAAUUUCAUUACGUUCUAAUGUCCGCCAUUCCAGAUGAGAUAUGGAUGCAGAUAAUGGACAUCGGCGUACAACGCAACAUCUUAAAUUAUAGAGACCUAUCAUCACUUGCAAUCUCUUCGCGAAGGCUUUGCAGACUAAGCAAUCACAGCUUCCUCUGGGAAUUGCUGUGGACGAAAGACUUUCCUUCUGAUUCUAUUCCAGAAUCUCUUACUAAGGAUUUGAAGUCUCUUUACAAACAAAAGUUUGAAAGAGUAAAAUCAACUAAAAUUGCUGCUCAUAAAAGGUCGGUUUUACGAGUUCAAAGUCAGGCACUCGUGCUUGAAAGAGAAUGUAAGGAUCUAGGAACCCUACUGAAUGGAGAAAGGAGAAGACUGAACUCUACUUUGUCAGAGUUGAAAAAUAUUGAAAGGGCAAGGCAAUCAUCUGUGGCAUUAAAGAUUUGGCAGCCAGAAAUUAUUCAUACGAGGCAGCAGGAUGUUGUUGAACAAACACCAGUUCGUACAGAUUCUCGUAUCCACUCACUGAAGAUGGAGAUAGCUGUGUGUAAAGAACGCAUUGAAAGAUUUAGCAGAAGCAUUUGUGAAAAGAAUAGUUUGAUGGAAAGAGUUAAAAGCAAGCUGGAGUCCUUGCAAUACAAACCAUUGCCAGAAUCUUGUAUAUCACGCUUUCAGGGAUCGCCAAAGAAGGCAAAAAUUACGGAUAAAAGGAUAGAGAAUGCUAUCAAAUCUGAUUUUCGCUCUUUGGGAAACUGACAUUACUUAUCUUAUUCAAAUGGAGACAUGAAUCUCACAAGUGUUCAGUAUAUAUUAUAGAUGAAUUAAUGGUUUUCUUAGUUGCCCUGCAUGGUAAAGUUCUUCAUCAUAUGCAUUUGUUUUAUGCACCUCAAAUUUUAUAGGUUGUGAAAACCUGCAAUUGCUUUUUCUGUAUAAUAUUAUGCUUUUAUAUUUGCUGGUUA